AUGCACUUGUGGCAUAUUGUGGCAAAUUGCUUACCUACUAAAGAUCGUUUAGCCAGACUCUGUGAUUUAGAUGAUGUCCUUUGCCCUCUUUGCAAGGAUGCUGAAGAAUCUAGCCUUCAUCUCUUUAUCUCUUGCCCCUUUACGAGAGCUGUGUGGUUUAAUUCCCAAUGGGGACUAAGGUUAGAAAAUCUGAACUUAAACUCUCCUUCUCAUCUUAUUGGGGUCUUUCUUAAUCCUCUCGCUGAAGGUAAUAUUGUGGGAGUUAAAAGGGAUGAAUUCUUAUUGUUUGGGGCUAUCAUUUGCGAAGCCAUUUGGAGGGCUAGAAACCAAGCUAUCUUUGAAGGCAAAGAAACUAAUCCAAUUGAGCUAUGCCAGAAAGUUGAUAAGUCCAUAGGUGAGCACAAAAUGCCCAUAGCAACUCAUUCGGGCUUCCAAUUGCUGAAACAAGUUCAAAGGUGGAAGAAACCACCCAGAGAUUCAAUCAAAAUAAAUGUUGAUGCUGCUUUCAAAGAUGAUAAAUCCUCCAUUGCAGCGGUUGCUAGAGAUUGGAGAGGUGAAGUGGUUUUUGCUUGUGCUAAGAGAGUAUAUUCCAACCUCCCUCUUCAGGCAGAAGCAAAAGCCAUUAAAUGGGCUUUAAGUUUAGCUAAAAGUAUUGAUGCAGCUACUAUAAUUGUGGAGAGUGACUCCAAAGGCUGUGUAGACGCUCUAGCUCCUUCUGGUAAUCAGGUUCCCUGGAGAAUUAGAGGUUUAUGCAAUGAAAUUCUCAACUUGUUGUCACUUAUUCCUGGCUGUCAUGUCGCCUGGAUCCCUAGGGGGGCAAAUAAAGCAGCUCAUUCUCUAGCUAAGUGGUCAUUUGUGAAUAAUGUUUUUGGUUCUUUCAAUGUAGGUUUCAGCCCUUCCUAUUUUGAGCUUAUCAUUAUGGAUGAUGCUCUUUUUUCCUCUUUGUAG